AUGUUGCACGUGCAAAAUGUAAACAAAGCCAAAAAGGCCGAUAAAAAACAACGACGCUGCCUGGCAAUAAUAAAAGGCGACUGCAAUGUGACUGCAAGUGAUUCUCCAACUCUCUAUCUGGCUGUACUGAAUGUGGGACUCAGCAAUGGACUCACAGAGGAAACGCUGCUGGCAGCGGCUGCCAAGACAGGCGGUCAAGUGUCUCAAGUAGUAAUGCUGCCAUCAAAAUCCUAUUGCUUUUUGAUAUGUGCCACUUUGGGGGACGCGGAGCUUGUGUAUCAGGGUAUGCACAAUCUGGCGACUAUAGGUCAACAGGGAGCCGUUGCCUAUCUCAGUUAUGUAACAGAAUUGCCAGAGCAAAUGGAGGAAAGUGGUUGGCAAAAACCAUUGCCAAGUGGUCUAAUCCUGUUGCCCGAUUUUGUCAGUGUUGAGGAGGAGGCAAGUCUGUUGCAGGCUGUCGGAGAGGAUGACAAACGAAUCCCCCACACGGAGGACAAACUGAAGCACAGACAUGUUAAGCAUUAUGGCUAUGAAUUCCUUUAUGGCAGCAACAAUGUGGAUCCCUCGCAGCCUUUGGAGCAGCCCAUACCAGCUGCCUGUGAUUUGCUCUGGCAGAGAUUAGGCAAUAGCGAUGUGCCUCAGAUGCUGCCUCCUGAUCAAUUGACGGUGAAUGGCUAUGAGCCUGGACAGGGCAUACCACCGCAUGUGGACACGCAUAGUGCAUUUGUGGAUCCGAUUCUAUCGCUCUCCUUGCAAUCCGACGUGGUCAUGGACUUUCGACGUAACAAUGAGCUGGUGCACGUUCUGCUACCGCGACGUUCCCUGCUGAUCAUGUCCGGCGAAUCGCGCUACGAUUGGACGCAUGGCAUCAAGCCUAAACACAUUGAUGUGGUGUCCACAUCCUCAGGUGGCCUAACAACUCAGGCGCGCAGCAAACGCACCUCGCUCACCUUCAGAAGACUGCGUCGAGGACCCUGCGAUUGUAAAUAUCCCACAUUGUGUGAUACGCAGCAGACCACAGCUCCCCAGGCAUUAAACGAUGCCUUGGCCACGCAUGCCAGCCACCUGGAGCAGCAGAAUGUCCAUGAGGUGUAUGAUAAGAUUGCCAAUCACUUUAGUGACACACGGCAUACGCCAUGGCCACAGGUUGCUCAGUUUCUGCACAGUUUUGAGGCAUUCUCAGUGGUUCUGGAUGUGGGCUGUGGCAAUGGCAAAUAUCUUGGCUGUAAUCCUCACUUACUAAGCAUUGGCUGUGAUCGUUCCCUGGGCUUACUCUGUGUGAGCAACGGACGAGGACAGAGCGUCUUUCGUUGCGAUUGCUUACAGCUGCCUGUGCGCAGCUCCAGCGUUGAUGGCUGCAUCUCCAUUGCCGUCAUCCAUCAUCUGGCCAGCACGGAGCGACGGCUGACAGCGCUGCGAGAGAUGGCACGCGUGCUGCGUCCGGGCGGACGUGCACUCAUCUAUGUCUGGGCCAAGGAUCAGCGAAAGAACGAUAAAAAGUCUGCAUAUUUGCGACAGAACAAGGCUGUCAACAAGGAGCGCACCACGGAACAGGCACAACGCCAGCAGCUGGCCCAGCAACUAGAAAACAUGGAGCAGUUUCAGGUGCCGCUGCCGGUACACACGAAUCGCACAGAGUUCCAACAACAAGAUGUCUAUGUGCCUUGGAAAACCAAAGACGAGCAACGUACAACUUUCCUGCGAUACUAUCAUGUCUUUGAGGAGCACGAACUGGAGCAGUUGGUGUCUCAACUACCAGAUGUUGUGCUCAGGAGAAGCUACUAUGAUCAGGGCAACCAUUGCGUCAUCUUUGAACGGAAGUAGAAAUAAGAAAAUUAAUAUUUCCUUAUGUUUUCUAAGACAAGAUAAAAAA